AUGCCCGAGGGUGGCGACGGCGGGGAAGCGCCCGCACUCAUCCUGGACGGCGAACCGCUGCGCGAGGAGCAGCGACCCCUGAAACCAUCCCUGGGGGGCUCUCUGUGCCGAGAGUCACACUGGAAAUGCCUGUUGCUCACACUGCUCAUCCACGCUUGCGGUGCAGUGGUGGCCUGGUGCCGCCUGGCCACUGUGCCACGGCUGGUCCUGGGCCCCGAGGCUGCCCUGGCCCGUGGAGCCGGGGGCCCGCCGCCCACCUACCCAGCUAGUCCAUGCUCCGAUGGCUACCUGUACAUCCCGCUGGCCUUCGUUUCCCUCCUCUACCUCCUCUAUCUGGCUGAGUGUUGGCACUGCCACGUGCGCUCCUGCCAGGCACCCCGCACGGACGCCAGCACCGUGCUUGCCUUGAUCCAGCGGCUGCAGCACGCUCCUCCAUGCGUCUGGUGGAAGGCCACCAGCUACCACUAUGUUCGCCGCACACGCCAGAUCACACGCUACCGGAACGGCGAUGCCUACACCACCACACAGGUCUACCACGAGCGGGCCGACAGCCGCACGGCGCGUGGCGAGUUCGACUACUCAGCCCACGGGGUCCGCGACGUCUCCAAGGAGCUGGUGGGCCUGGCCGAGCACGCAGCCACACGGCUGCGCUUCACCAAGUGUUUCAGUUUUGGCAGCGCUGAGGCGGAGGCAUCAUACCUCACGCAGAGGGCCCGCUUCUUCGGAGCCAACGAGGGCCUGGACGACUACCUAGAGGCCCGCGAGGGCAUGCACCUGAAGGAUGUGGACUUCCGCGAUUCCCUCAUGGUCUUCGCUGAUCCCCGCAGCCCCCCCUGGUAUGCCCGCGCCUGGGUCUUCUGGCUCGUGUCCGCUGCCACACUGUCCUGGCCCCUGCGGGUGGUGGCAGCCUAUGGCACAGCCCACGUGCAUUACCAGGUGGAGAAGCUCUUUGGGGCCAGCUCCCCACCUCCUGGGGCAGUGCCCAGUGGGCCCCCACUCUCCCGCGUGGCCACAGUGGACUUCACUGAGCUCGAGUGGCACAUCUGUUCCAACCGCCAGCUGGUGCCCAGCUACUCUGAGGCUGUGGUCAUGAGUGCUGGCUCAGGGGCCUACCUCCGAGGCUGCCAGCGCUGCCGCCGCUCAGUCAGCAGCAACUCGCUGCCCCCAGCCCGACCCAGCGGGCCCCGCCUGCCCUUCAGCCGCAGCCGCCUCUCGCUGGGAGCCGGGGGCCGGGCCACACCAGGGGUCUUCCGCAGCCUGAGUGGGGGGCCUCUGGGGCGCCGUGGAGAGGACACAGAGCCCCUGGAAAGUCCCCCAUGCUAUGAGGACGCCCUUUACUUCCCGGUGCUCAUUGUCCAUGGUGACAGCGGCUGCCAGGGGGACGGACAGGGGGCACUCUGA